AUGUGGUGGUGGUUCAGAAGGCUGGGGCAGGGAGGAGGAGCAGCCCUCCUGGGCAGUUCCCAAAGUGCAGGCCCUGCAGAAGCCGCGUCCACUCAGGGCCAGGCGCCCAGGGGCCCUCGCUGCAGGAUGGCUGGAGGCAGGAAAGGCCCAGGCGACCAUGCCCCACCUCCCCUCCUGCUCAGCCAAGCUGGCUGAGGCCCUUAAGGCCACAUGUCACGGUGGCACAGGGAGGGGUGGUGAAAACAGUGAGGCCUCCCACUUGGCUGCUGAACAUGGGAUGUUGUUGCUAUUUAUAAAAAGCAAAGAAUCCUUUUUUUUUUCUUUAAAGAAAUCAGGGCUUGGGAACCUGUAAGCUAUGAAGUCUCAAGGUUAAUUCCCAUCCCUGCCCUGUGCCUCCGGAGUGCUGUACCGUGAUUUUAACACUCAGUGAAGCGUUUGUGCCAGACUGCUGAAGCAGCUCCAUGGAGGAAGUGUGGGGGAGGAGGAAGCCAGCCUCUCCGCUCACCACCAAGAGGGCCCAGGCCACCAGGGGGAGCCUGCUGCACAUCCCCUAUGGACACAGGGAAGGAGAGAGACUGGACAUCUACUUUCCUGAGGAAGAGUCUGAGGCUUUGCCCUUCUUUGUGUUUUUUCAUGGAGGAUACUGGCAGAGCGGAAGUAAAGACUCAUCAGCCUUCAUGGUCAGCCCACUGACAGCCAAGGGAGUGGCCGUAGUGGUAGUGGCUUAUGACAUUGCCCCCAAAGGCACCCUGGACCAGAUGGUAGACCAGGUGACCCAGAGCAUCGCCUUUGUCCAGAAGCGGUAUCCGUGCAAUGAGGGAAUUUACCUGUGUGGACACUCAGCUGGGGCCCACCUGGCCGCCAUGAUGCUCCUGGCCAACUGGACCAAGCAUGGAGUCACGCCCAACCUCAAAGGCUUUCUCCUGGUAAGUGGCAUCUACGACCUGGAGCCCAUUGUGCACACCUCUCAGAACGCUGCUCUCCUCAUGUCCCUGGAGGACGCUCAGAGGAACAGCCCCCAGCGGCACCUGGAGGUGGCCCUGACACAGCCUGUGGAUCCAGCCUGCCACAUCCUGGUGAUUGUGGGCCAACAUGACACCCCUGAAUACCACCGACAGUCAAGGGAGUUUUAUCAGACUCUGCACCGAGGAGGGUGGAAAGCCUCAUUUGAAGAACUUGAUGACGUGGAUCACUUUGAGAUCAUUUGGAACCUAACCCAGAAGGACUAUGUGCUCACCCAGAUGAUUUUGAAAACCAUCUUCCAGGAGUCCUGACAGACCUGCACCCUCGCUGGUGUGCACCCGAUCGUGAAGCUUCUGCAAAGACCGUGACUGCUUCCUCUUCCCACCAGCCCUCGGCUUUCCCCCGCGCCCAAAGUGCCUUCGUUUGUCCACCCGCCCCAGCAAGAGGCCAUUCUUCUCACAGCCCUGGACACGAGUGCAAAUCUCCACGGCAUUUCCUGGCCUGGAUCGAGCAGGCUCCAGGGGAGGUCCAGCCCAGGUCAACGCUGUGUGAUGCCCAAGCCUGCUGAGAGGGCGUGACAAAAAUGACAGCUUCUGACCACACGUGGACUUACCUCUGGCUCGAUGCCCAUUUUUGUAUGACCUACAAGUUAAGAAUGUUUAUGUUUAUGUUUUUAAACAGUAGAAAAAAAAUCAAAAAAGAAUAUUAUUGCGUGACAUGUAAAAAUUACAUAAAAUUCAAAUUUCAGCAUCUAUAAAUAAAGUUUUAUCGGAGCACA